AUGUUUACUAUUGGAGGGUUACAUAUCAACGUGAUAGCUCUCCCUCUAUUUUUAGAUUUGACUACUAUAUGCUGGGAACUUCUGACAAUUAUGAUACUAGAGUUUUAUUUAAUCUCAGUCAUAAAGCAUAAUUUUGAACAAUCAGCAGGAAACCUACGGAUAUUUUACAACCAUAUUAAUAGAGAACCUAUUAACUCGGGGCGGUUUCGCCACUAUUAUCUGUGGGGUUCCUCAGAGACUACACGUAGCACUCGGAGUUCAUUCCGGGAAAAUAUAGUCCAAAUGAAAAAAUGUUCAUUAAUCUUUCAUUCACUAAUCUCUGUUACCGCACAACCUUCGUUAGGAUACACAGUCAAAACUCGAUCUUACUCUUCUUUCAGUAAUAACCAGGAUAAGAAGAUAAGGAACCAAGAUAAUAUUCUAAAUGUAAAGGCUGUAAAAGUUUAUAGUAACUUAAAGGAAGAUAGACUUAAUAUACUAAAAGAACAAAGAGAUAAAUCCGGUGUUUACUGUUUAAUAAACAAGGUCAAUGGGCAUUCGUAUGUUGGUAGUUCUAUUAAAUUAGCUUCCAGAAUGAGAAAUUAUCUUAAUAAGGCUUUUUUAAAAAGUAAACAAAAUGCUAAUAUGCCUAUUACCAAAUCUUUACUUAAGUACGAUUAUUCCAAUUUUUCUCUCUUAAUUUUAGAAUAUGUUGAAGCCGAAUUUUUAACUUCUAGAGAAACUUUUUAUAUAGCAAAUAUUAUACCUUAUUACAAUGUUUUAAAGCAAGGUUUUUCUUAUUUAGGUUAUAUACAUACUGAAGAAACAAAAAAGUUACUCUCUGAAUUAGCUAAGAAUAGAACACAUAGUGAUGAAACUAAAGGGUUAAUAGCAAGGGCUGUAACAGGUGAAAACAACCCUUUUUAUAACAAAAGUCAUUCUAUUGAAAGUAAGAUAAGAAUUAUUGAAGCUAAAUCAGCUUACUCUGUUUAUGUAUACAAUUCAUUUAAAGAGUUAUUAGUUAUUUUCCCUUCAGUUAAAACUUUAGCUAAAUUAAUUAAAUCUAAUUCUUCAACAUUGGUUGAUGUAAUAAAAGAACACACAAUAUUUAGAGGAGAAUGGUACCUACUUAAUAUACCUUAUAAUAUUUCAGAUACACCUUUAAUUUCUCAUUGA